CAUUAAACAAUCGAUACAAAACAAUUGUGCUACGAAAAAAGUUAUUUUUCUUUAUGGCAAAAGUAAUUUGGAUCUUUAUUAUAACUACCGCUGUCAGCUUAACAUUGACUCUGGCAUUUGCUAAAAAUGUUACGAUAAUCAAUGUAAAAUCUUCGGAGUCUUAUGUGCAUCAUACAUUGAAAGAUAACCCUAUAGUAGUGCAUACUCAGGCCCAGAAUUACGAGCAUCCAACUUUAAGCGAAUACGAAGAAUGUCAUCGAAAUUUGGACAAUUGCAAGGAAGUUUGUAAAAAUGCAGCGAAUCAGACUGAUUGCGAAGGCAAGUGCCCAGUGUGCCCGAUUCUUAUAGCUGAACAGAUUUUAGUUCAGGGUGUCAACGAUACGGAUUACAGGGCGGCGCCUACGAAACCCUCGAAUACCACAAAUAUAAUUCGUGUGACUAACGAAAUUCACAAUAUCAUCGAUAAUCAGUUGGGUAAUGUGACUCACAACAGUUUGAAUAAUAUACAUAUACACCAAAAUGUGUCACGGGUUGGUGGAAAGUUUGGUUUCGGUUUCAAUCAUACGCAGCCUUGUUGCUUGGUAGUUCGUUCAUCGAAAAACUGCGACAAAUCAAAGUUUUCAACAGCAGCACGUUGUCACCACAAGCGUCACAGGGUCUGUGGAGAGAAAUGCAAAGCACGAGUUAUGUUCGCCAAACGGGUGAAGGUUUGUGAAAGGAGUGUCGACGACGAUGAUAAUGUAAGCGAAGAACAUGAAAAUUGUCAUCAGGCGACUAAAUAUGUACCGUACCACAAAAGGACUCAGUCAAGGAAAUUGAAAUGUUUCUAUCAACCACGUUGGCCAUAUGUCAGUUGUCCGAAUAGGGGAAGCUCUACCAGAAGUAAGAGCUGUGAACGUUGUUACCGCUUACCUUAUGGACGAAUUUUGUUAUAUGGUGUACCCGCACAAUGUAUAAAUUGUUUUCAACGUUACUCUUAUAGUAGUGGCUUUGGUGCUAGUAUGUAUCCGUCCUACUAUCCACCGAUGAUAGGUUCUUGGCCUAUGAUCAUGAAUGAUAAUUUUGGAGAAUACGAUGAUGACGACGAUUUUGAAGGAGUAGAAAUUAAAGAUGACGAUUUGGUCGACGAGGAAACGAAAUGCCGGCUGCCGGAUGGGUCGCGCAGCGACGACUGUACUGAGAUAGAGGGUAGUGGCGAAGACUUCGAAAUAGACAACGAUUUACGUUCUGGAAAUAAACGCCCGAUUAAUGACUCGGCGGAAAAAUUGACAGAACCUCAUUUUACUCUACGCGGACAUAGUUACACUUUUAAUCGCUCAAAGUAUAGCCGCCGGGGUUUGUGAAAAACCCGAAUUAUUUAUUUCAAAUUCAGUGUUAGUAAAAAAAAUUUCAUAACGAUCAGGUGUUAUUAUUGAGCUAUUA